UUCUCAAUUCAGUUAAAAAUUAACAUAAAAAAAUUGGGUAGAGAUUCGACGAGGUUUCCGUGGGAAUUUUCCAAUUAAAUUUUUUUCCUGUUGAAACAUGAACUAUUCGUGUGAUUCACGAAUACAGGAGCGGUUCUCAUCGAUACAGCUCCGAUUGAAAGUUGUUUCUAAAUAUGGAGAGAAAGACGGAGGGAGAAAGAGAGAGAGAGAGAGAGAGAGAGAGACCGCGUAAAAUACAGAAUCGCGUCAGCGUGUUCAGUGGGUGUACGAACAGCGCAUCUGUCAAAAAAAGGAAUUUCCCAGUGUCGCCUGAAUUUCUCAGUGAUUUCAAUACAUAUAUGUGCCAGUGAGCUAUUAAUUUACAUUAAUAGAACGAGUGCAGUGCUGAUUAUUUAAUUCACCUCGAUACAUGGAUUACAUGGGACUCAGCAGUGGGUUUCCAGAGGACAAUAUUGUAAGGAGGGGUGGAGUGGGGAUAAUAAGAGAUUGCAAAAACUCAUCUGAAAAUUAAUUUACCACAAUGCAUUUUUCAAUUCCUGAUACUCAGGAGUUUAUUGAUAACAGUGGAAACUCAUAUCUGAGUUACAACAUCCACAUAAACGGUCUCUUCCACUGUACAGUCCGCUACAAGCAGCUCCUCCACCUCCACGAGCACCUGACAAAGGAGACAUCUCUUCCACUGCCUCCCUUUCCCCCCAAGAAGCUCUUCCCCCUGACGACAACGCAGCAAGAGGAGCGUCGUCAGUCCCUGGAGAAGUACAUCCAAACAAUCGGUCAAACCUCGUCUCUCAACACGUCUCCCCUGCUCACCACGUUCCUUCUCCACGCUCAACAGGAGACAUCCUCCAAGAUGUCGACCAUCGAGAGUCUCGAUAUUUUUCUUCAGAAUAAUCGUAGAAUUUCCUUGAAAGUCGGCACCAACGAGAGCACCUCCCGGGUCCUCAAGAAGCUCCUGAGACAUAUCAGUCUUCCCGAGUACCUUGACCGCUACUUUGCACUCUUCGCGAUAAUCGAGGGAGAGAGCAAUGCCAACAUUCUCCGUCGCCUCCAGGACUUUGAAUCACCAGUCCUCACACUGGGGAAUAUAAAUUUCCCGGCAGUUAAACUGAUGAUUGGAAAGAGCUAUUGGGAUCCUGAAAACGAUCUCAAACUUAUUCAGGACUCGGUGUCAUUGGAUCUACUCUAUUACCAAGCGGUGGCCGAAGUCAACAGGGGAUGGAUUCUGGUGCCGAGUAAUCUCGAUCACCUGAAACAUCCCAAAUUCAUCGAGGACAAGCGAGAGUACCUCAAGCUCAUCAGAAGCUGCAAGUACUAUGGAUUUACUCAGUUUGCUUCAUGUCUCUGCGAUUAUCCCCAGCCUGAUACUCGAGUCAUUGUCUCCAUCGGAAGGAAUGAGCUCAAUCUUCGAAUGCUCUUGGAUGACAAUCAGGAGCAUGAGGCUGUCUUCAAGGUUACCAGGAUGAGGUGUUGGAGAAUAACGACACUUCACAAUGGAAUGGACAGGUCUGAUGGCACUGAUUACACUUUGGAGCUAUCAUUUGAGUAUUUAGUCGCCAAAAAUCAGCUCCAGUGGAUCACCAUUGUCUCGGAACAGGCGAUUCUCAUGUCUGUAUCACUCCAGGGAAUGAUUGAUGAACUUCUCAUGAAGGGAACUGAGGGAAGGGGUGAGGUUGGCAGUGAGAAGAGCUGGAGUUAUGUGCUGAGAGAUGGAGUCAAUAAAAUUAGGAUCGGUGGGCAGGACAAGGAGGAGGGAAUCUCGGGAACGGUGAAGGAUGGGAGGAGAGGGAGGGAGGAGGUUAAAAGGGUUGCAAGGGGGAUAAGGGGGGAACACUGUGAUAUUACUGAGAAUAACGCUUUUCAUAUGAUUGGCGAUGAUGACUUGUGAGGAGGAGGGUUGACGGUGGAACGCAAGGGGGGGCUGAGGGGAGAAUCAGGAGUUGAUGAUGUCGAUGGAAAAUUCUCUAGAGGUUUUGUGUUGAAAUUAUGUUGGUUUUUAGGGGAUUGUAUUCACCGAGCUAAUUCACUUGUAUUAACUUGAAAUGCGAAAUAUGUAACUUUUAGCUUCACAAGUUCUGAGGUGAUGAUUACUGGUGCCAAAAGUGCUGUGCAUGGAAACAAGAGAAAUUUUACAUCAACGAAUAGAUUUUUAUUCGGUAGGAAAAUGUUCUAUUUUCCCGUAGAAAUCCAGUGGAAUUCGCUAUUUUUUCGCACGAGUUUUUGUUGUUCGUGUCGAGACAGACAUUUGUCUAUCAUUUUAGAUCUGAACCGUCCACACAUUUCAUGAAAUUUAUCGCUCGAAUAAAUAAAUAAUUUAAUACUGAAUUUGGCGUGCGAUUGAAACGACAACGUCUAACAUUAGUGCACAAUACAACCGAACAUAUCCAAUAAUUCCUGGGAAUCGAAAUGAAAGUUCAAUGAAAUGCAGAAUAGAGGAAUAUGAAUAUUUAACUACAAAAUCACUACGUCUCGAAAAUUGAAAAAUAUAACGCUAAUUUAAUGGGUAAAAACGAGAUACUUAUGAAUCACCUCUAGUUAUAAGGUUGAUAAUAUCUGCAUUGAUUAUUUUCAACCCACUUUAAUUAUUUAAUGAAAAGAAAGAGGGAAAAUACAAUGCCAUGUAUUUUUCUCCAUUGAAUAGAUGAAUCCAUUGCAGAGAAUUGAAUUCUCUACAGCAAAAUACUUAGUGAAAAAUCCUAUCACUUUCCCAAAAAUUCAUCAUCAUUUUCACUUCAACUUGCAAAAAGUCACAAUUCCAACGUAAUUAAGUGCCAAAAUUAGGUGACAAAUUAUUGAUAAAAGUAUUCAGUAGGUAGGAAUUAACGAAGAUGUCAAGAAAUUCAUCCAUCUCUUCAAUAUCGCAAGAAAUUGUUUUUAUUUCAAUAAUUAAAUGCUUUUUACGCUCAGGGUUGGUAAGAAUCCACUCAUUAUCAUUUGUAUAAAGACAAGGCCCCUUUAUAAAGAUUGUGCAUUUGUUUGUUCGAUUAGUGUUCACUAUAUAUUUUUUUAAUGUAUUUAAUGUUUUUUUGGGUGAAAACCCUUCGGGAAAUCACAUCUUGUAUUUGUCUAUUGUUUAGAAUUUUUCGUUAACAUUCGGUUUAGCCCGAAGGUUUUUCAUUAAUUGUUUAUUAUUGUGAAUGAAUAAUUGUUAAUUUUUCCACUUCAAUUGUUGCUCAGUCAGUGGACUAUUGCCAACUCUGUUUUUUAAUGGCUAAUAUUUUUUUAGUUACAAAAUCUUACAAUUCGUAGUGCGUUCGGUACAGGACAAGAAUAAUGGACUAAAUGAAAUUUAUGAUAUUUCUCAUGAGAUUGAAUAAUUUUAAUAAAGUUUAAUUCUUUACUUCUUGCUAUUAAUUCAAAUCAUCUGCUCAUUAAUGCAUGUUAACUAUGAAAAAUGAAUUUAUACGUUUGUAUUGCAAAUAAAUAAGUGAUGUAUUUUGUAUAAUAACAAAAAUUGCGCAGAUACAUGAUUCCUGACAUGAGAUUAAUAAAUAAAUUUAAAGAAUUUUCAACUGA